GUGUUAGCUGUGGGCCGUGAGUAUAGAAGCAUCAGAGUACGCGUACUUGCGCGUAUCCACGAAGCGUACAUUGCUCUGCUCCUACCAUUGAAAGCAACGAGCAUGUCAGUACUGAUACAAAGUCCGAACGAAAUGUUGUUCCGCGUUAAGUCUCGUUUCUAGUCACGGCCAUGCACGCUUUUAUGUUGCGUGCAAAUGGUGUGCGCAGCAGUGCUUCUCGAGUAAAGGAAUUUAAUCGCUGAUCUAAACAUUAAAUCGCGUUUUCAAAUUACUGCAGCGGUGUGCAUUCAGUGUGCGUUUUAUCAAAGAAACCCCAGAGACGCAAAUUUUUCUUGAUAAGAGAAUUAUUCAAAACAGUGCGCGUGCUUUCAGAUUCGAAAGUGCUUUACUAUGUUGAUCAAACUGCAGAUGGCUAAUGUUCGAUGCAUUAAACAGUAAGAGGCAUGGAACAAUUCCAUGAUAUGAGUGAUGGAAAUAUAAAUAUAAGUGAUGUCAUUGAAGUCAUCCAAACUACCGAUCCUGGAUUUGUGGAAUGUAGUGGAAAGGAGGAUCAAUUCCCAGUGGAAAUGGACACUGGGAGGUUAUUGCCAUAUGUUGAAAUAAUAGAACAGCCAGCAAGUAAAGCUUUACGUUUUCGCUAUGAAUGUGAAGGCAGAUCGGCUGGUAGUAUACCAGGAGUAAACAGUACACCAGAAAACAAAACAUUUCCUAGUAUAAGAAUAGUUGGAUAUAAAGGUCGAGCUGUAGUUGUAGUAUCGUGUGUAACAAAAGAUCAACCACACAGACCUCAUCCUCAUAAUCUUGUUGGAAAGGAAGCAUGUAAACGUGGUGUAUGUACAGUAGAAGUCUCGUCAGAAAAUAUGACAGUCACAUUUGCAAAUCUUGGCAUUCAAUGUGUUAAGAAAAAGGAUAUUGAAGAGGCACUUAAAAUAAGAGAGGAAAUUCGUGUAGACCCCUUUCGAACUGGCUUCGAACACAAAAGACAACCUACUAGUAUUGAUCUAAAUGCAGUGAGAUUGUGCUUUCAAGUUUUCUUAGAAGGAGGACAAAAAGGAAAAUUCAAUGUGCCAUUACCACCAGUUGUAUCUGACCCUAUAUUUGAUAAAAAAGCAAUGUCAGAUCUUGUGAUAUGCAAGCUCAGUCACUCUAAUGCGUCGGUCGCUGGUGGUAUGGAAAUGAUUUUAUUAUGCGAGAAGGUUGCAAAGGAAGACAUACAAGUUAGAUUUUUCGAGGAGAAGGAGGGACAAGUGAUUUGGGAAGGAUUUGGUGAUUUUCAGCCCGUUCACGUACAUAAGCAAACAGCAAUUGCAUUCAAAACACCCACAUAUCGCAUGCAGCAAGUGGAGCAACCGGUGCAAAUAUGCAUUCAACUGAAAAGACCAUCGGAUGGUGCGACGAGCGAACCAUUACCUUUUCAGAUGUUACCUCUCGGUGCAGAUGAUCCUGGUUCGUUAAGGCGAAAACGACAAAAAUUUAAUAACAGCCCAAAUGCGCUAGUUUUGAGGCAUGUACAGACAGAAGCUGAGAAGCAUGCUGCAGCGUUAAAUCAACCGAUCCAAUACAAUUUUAACAUUGUCAAAUCAGAAAAAAUAUCUCCGUACGGAGGCUCAGUCGGAAGUGGAGGAUCCUUUCCGUUAUAUUCCAUGGGAACCACUUCUCCACAACCGCAAUCUAGUAUGCAAACGUUAAGGCCACAAGUAUCGCCAGGUCGUGCAUCGCCGAUGGAGUACAGUCCAUACAACUCAGCACUUAUCCAAUCACAACCAUCACCGCAAUAUCAAUCAACAAGCAGUCAUAUCGUACAACAACCAUCAACCGGAACGUAUGCACAACAACAAUUUCCAUAUGUACAUGACAUAUUACAAAUACACCCGCAAGAACAAUUAGUGUUAAGCAGAGUUACAUCAAACUAUCACGAAGAAUUUCAAUCGUUGGACAAUGCUGGUAGUAUAAGUAUUUGCACACAUUAUUACAUCAAUCCAUUAUUGUACCAUUAUUUUGAAAUAAUAAUUUAUAUAGCAGGUGGAGUGGGAGGGGCAGAUGUUACAAGUGUUUUAGACAUGGACAGUCGACAGUACAGUUUUGAUUUAAGUUUUAAUCAACUUGAUUCGGCAGAACUCGCCGCUUUUGAUACCGCUCUUUCUGAAAAUUUAUCCAGUGGAUUAUCCAUUUCAGAUUCUACCAAGCCGGAAACGAACAAAGAGAUAAACACAGGAUCAAGCAACAUCGAAGAAAGUAAUAACAUGACCGAUAGUUUUACAAGAAUUACUAAUAACACUAUUCAGGAACUGUGCACUUUAAAUAAUAUGUAUAAACCAACGCGGGAAGUUAACGACUGAAACAGCUGAAUAUUUUAUUGAUAUUGAUAUUGAUAACAUUGUAAAAAACGUUAUAUAAACAUUAUUCUCUAAACAAAAAUUUCUUUGCAUGAAUACAUGUAUCAUGUAAUUAAUAUUUAAUUGGUUGUGAUUAUAUCGCAGUACAUUGCUGUACAAUCUUGUAAAAUACUUCUUCAAUCGAUAAUCAGCUUUAAAUACUGUUGAUAUUUUUAUAUAAUUUUUAAAAAUCGCUGUUUCCAAUAUCUUGAAUGGAAUAUUUAUCGAUUAAGUGAUAUACAAAAUGCUGUGACUGUGAUCAAAGUAUAUUGAAAUCUGUAUGUUUUGACGUGCAUGCAAAGUGUCUGAAUAUGAAUUAUUGUAUAAAAUAAAACUCAUAGUUUUCAUAGAAGAAAAUACAGUGUAUUAUUGUAAUAAUAAUAUAUUGUAAGACAAUCUGCAUGCAAUAUUCGUACAAAUUAUUUAGUUAAAAUAAAUAUCCACAAACAUUAAUUUCUGUUAUAUCUCGUACGCUUAUACAAAUGUUUGAUUUUUAUUCUUUACACAUUUAUGUUUACUACAAAUUUGUAAAUAUAUAUAUUUUGUAUUAGGAGUAAUAUCAGAACGUAUUGCUCUGCUCCUAAUGUAUAUCCAAUUAAAAAAUUUUCAAUAAUACAUGUUCCGUCCAGGUACGUUGAUUUAUAUUUAAACUCUUUUGCCUUAAAUUUUAGUAUUAUAUAACUACGGUUACAUUCUGCCGUAGAUUUUAUACAUAUAAUAUUCAUGGUGUCUUAAUUUCCCGGUAUCCGAUGUAUCAUUACCUUAAAAUCAUUAUUACAGGAAUUAUUUUAUAAAUAAACAAUGUGUAUAUAUCAGAUAUAAAUAACAUUAUGCUUAAGUACAUAUGUUUACUAUAUAUACAAUUACAUCUAAGAAUACAUUAUAAUUUUACAUACAAUUAUACGUGUAAAUAAACAUAGAUAUUGGAGUUUAAUAAUUUUUAUCCUGUGUAUCACACACUACGUACAUGUUUUAUUGUAAAUUACUUUUGACUAUUUACACAACAUAGCCACAUAUAAUUCUUAAUUUGUAUGUACAUAUAUAGAAGGUAUGUAAAAACAAUCUUAGUCUAAAUUAACUUUGAAAAAGUGAGCUGUCGAUUAAAUAUUAAGUAAUAAAUAGGGAAAGACGCGUUCCUUCACAAACACGUGAAGAAUAAAAAAACAUCUGUUGUUUUCCAAAAUGUAUUUACUUAAAAAUACAAUGAAAGUUCAAUUCUGAUGGAAUGGGCAGAAAUAUAGUCUGUGGUAUCGGUUACUGUUUACGUCGAAAGUGAUGAUGCGAUGGUAUCCUGUACAAAAGUAGUUUGAACAAGACUUAUGAACACACAAACCAAAUUCUUAGCCUAGGAUUUCAUUUACCUUUAAUUGUGACAUGUUUCAUUACCAGAUUCAUUAGGAUUCUUAAAUUCUUUUUUUCUUUCGCUUAAUCCUUACCUAACAAAUGUAGGGAUGUAACGGUAUUUAGGCGUUCAGCCUGAUUGAUUUAAGACCCGUUAGCACCAGUAAAUAAUUUCCAGAGUCGCGUGCAGUACUAGAGGAUAGAAAAGUUCUGUGAUCUCCAGCUCAAAGUACAGAACGCAAGUCUAUCCUCAUAUCUUUUGAACAUGUUGCAAACGGGGCUUGGUAUUGUAUUAAUAAAAUUAAAUGGACCUAUGCUUAUAGUGUAUGUAUUGUAUACUAUGAACGCUAAAGUACUCAUUUUUGCUCGGGCACCUGCACUUCAAGAUAGUUCUUUGUCAACAUAAUCGUCAAAAUCCUAUCUUGAAGUGAACACGUGUAAAUACAUCAGCAGAUUGUGUAUAAAACAGUACAGUAACAGAGUUCUGGAGAUGACAUGGCCUGUAAACAAUACAAUAAAUUGUUAUGUUUUACACAUCGUAUUUAUGGUGUGUACUCGAAUUUUAUUUUUAUCAGUGUAACGUCGAAUAAAUUGAGUUUAUCAUAUAAACAUGUGUACACAGACCACUCCAUCUCCUCAGUUUCUAUGUAGCAGAAUUCAGUCCACGAAUAGCAGUUUU